CAUAUGAAAAAAAAAGAAAGAGCAUUACAAACGUAAUGUAUCAAUCUUUAGCAGAUACUACGACCUUUUCCAGUUAUGAAUCAUGACCCAGUUUCAAAAAGAAUAAAUGAAGAAGUUUAGAUGGGACACACCACAAUGACAUUAUUUUAAUCCAAGUAUUGAAAAAGCCACCCUGUUUCGUUUAUUUCGAAAAGAAAAUAUCAGCAGCAUGCAUUCACCUGUCGGCGCUGUGGCCUCUUCUUCUUCUUCUUCUUCUUCUUCUUCUUCUUCUUCGUUUCACCUAAUCUUCUGUACUCUUCCAACCUGUUACGACAAAUCCCGGAGUUGGCGAGUAGUGCUACAGGGACCCGGAAACGGGGGAGAUCUGAGCUUUGUUUCUCCCCUCUCCUGAUUCCGUGUUCCUACACACAGAUGACAAACUGAUCUCCGAUCAUCUCAAAGAGAUGGGAUGAAGGACUGAAACAAAUUGCACAUCAGUGACAGCUUACUCAUCCCGAGUUAAGAUUAAUGGCUCCAAAAACAAGGACAAGUAUGACUCAGAGAUCUCAACACUUCUCUGCACUGCUAUCUUCAGCGAUCCUCGAAUGGGUUCUGAUGCUUCUGUUGCUGCUUGAGGGGCUACUGUCCUAUCUGGUGACGGCAUUCGCACGCCUUUGCAAGCUCCAGCCGCCAUGUCCAAUGUGCACGCGACUCGAUCAUGUCUUUGGCGAGACGCGUCCGGGCUAUUACCGUAGCCUGAUGUGCAAUUCUCACAAGGCAGAGGCAUCAUCCUGGGCCUUCUGCCACAUUCACCAAAAUCUUGUUGAUGUCCACAGCAUGUGUGAGGCUUGCGUUCUUUCGUUUGCCACCGAUAACAAGUCGAACCUUGAGACGUACCGGUCCUUGGCAGGGAAACUCGGUGCUGGGAUCGGCGGCACGGGUUGCGGGCAUGGCUUCAGUUUUAGUAGUGCGUCUGAAGCAAAACUCAUGGAAGAAGAUGCUUUGUGUUCGUGCUGCUCGAGGCCAUUGGGAGUCAGGUACUCCUGCCCUUUUGUGGUUCUUCAGAGAAAAGACAGCGGCGUUGGUGAGAUUUGUGGAGAUGUUUUGGCAGAUCGGCAUACUGAUGACGAUGAGAUCAAUCAUGUCAUGUAUAGCAAACUGAAGACAUCUGACUCUGAAUCAGAACCCCAACAGGGUAAUGUUAGAUGUUCGAUGGAGGAGGAUCGAGCUGUCGCUGCCGAUAAUUUGAAGGAAGACUUUACUUCCAGUCAUGCACAAACAAAGAUUAAAGAUGGCAAUGCAGAGGACGAAGUAGCCAGGCACUCCGAGCUGACACAAGUUCAGAAUGGUGUUUCAGACAGAAAACAUUCUGAAGAUUCAAGAGAGUUGUCCAACUUGAAACCAAACAUUCAGUCAAACGACCUCCCCAGAAAAGAUGAUGCUGAGCAAAUCAUCGAAGAGCCUCACACUGGAGAUAAACCAGAAGAUGAUGUUUGGCACAAUGCUCUUGGCUCCACCGAAGAGUUACCAGGAACUGACGAUGAUAAUUCAGCUGAAACCAAAGCCGCAUCAGUUGAACCGAUACCUGAAUUCUCUGACAGAACCACUCGGCAGGACUCAUUCAGAGUUCAUCAACAAGACCUGAAGCUGCUGCUCACACAAAUUUCCACAUCUUCCCGGGCACCCGAUUCCUCCACAGGCUUCGCCGACAGCCCUACCAUGCAUGAAUCACAACAUGAACAAGAAGCCAUACUGCGCAACAUCUCCAGAGCACUCUCCCUGGAGAGGAGCUCCUCAGGCGUCUCUGACGCCGGCGGCGGCGUGUUCUUCAAUGGAGCCGCCGAAGCAUAUUGCGGGGGCGAUGCGGUGGACAGGCUGAAGAGGCAGGUGGAGCUGGACCGCAAGUCCAUGGCGCUCCUGUGGGCGGAGCUGGAGGAGGAGCGGGGCGCGGCCGCGGUGGCGGCGAGCCAGGCGAUGGCGAUGAUCACGAGGCUGCAGGAGGAGAAGGCGGCGGCGCGGACGGAGGCGGCGCAGUGCCGGAGGGCCAUGGAGGAGCGGAGCGCGUACGACGACCGCGAGCGCGAGGGCGCCGCCGCCGUGCGGGGCCUCGAGGCCGAGGUGGAGGCGUGCUGGGCCAUGCUCAGGGAACUGGCGGCCAUCGACGAGAUCCGCGACCAGAUGCGGCUCCCGCGCCGCCGUUUCCGGAGAGAAGGCGCGCGCGAGCCCGGCGGGUCCGGAUCGGCCGGGGGUGGAGAUGGAUUCGCCGGAUUUGGGGACGAGAGCGCGUGUAUCUCGGAGCAGCUUAGGGGGAUCACGAGCGAGCUCUUCCGGUUGUCGAACGACAGCCGGUUCGUCGGAGCGCCGGGCUUCGCUGCCGAAGAAGAAGAGGAGGGCGAUGAUGGCGAGGAGGAGGAGGCAGAAACUUGGGCUCCCGGGAGGCGUGUGAGGAACGGCAACAGCUUCACGAAAUGGCAGCGGCUUCAGUCCACGGGCAACAAUGGCUCGAUGCAAGUCGAGGUCGGCAUGGCUGAACUGCAGAAGGAGAUCUCCGAGCUCGGCUGGAGGCUGCGGGCGCUGGAAGCGGACCGCAGCUCCUUCCAUACGACAUAGCUCGCAGCUUCAGGGAGCUCCGGGAGAAGAACGGAACCUAGAUGCUCCAUCCGGCAAAGGACGCCGUGACUGUUGAAUUGUUGAUGCGACUCCUGCAAGCUCCGUGAGUUUCAUGGGAGAGGGAUCCCCUGACUUUAACUUUACAGCCACCGAUAUGUGAACCCGGCCCCACCCAGGGUUGACGAUGAGCUAAUUCUUCGAUUAAUCUGCUGAAAGUUCACAUUUGAACUUGCCAUACUCCGUAUUAGAUUUUUAGUACGGAAUAUGAUUUUGGGAUUGAUUAGUUAUAGUGAUUCUGAGGGUUUUUGUAUGGUGACGAGGCAAGUUGAAGCUGUGCCAAGCAUGGGUGCGAAAUGGUUUGCUGGGAUGUCGUGGUGGGCUUCCAAGGGCGCAGAGAUUUUUUUCCCCCUCUUCUUCUGUAGUUCUGUGUGUCGAUGUUUCGUUGUGCAAUCACUACAUUUUAAUGCAGAACUAGUACCAAUCCUUUGUACCAACUACUUCACCCGAAAUCAUAUGUAUCACACGACAAA